AUGAAAGAGCUUUUUAAAAAGAUUGUAUCCACAUUAUAUCGUCUUCGAUCAAAACAAAUACUUAAUCAAGGUUACUCCGCAACAACAUUGCGCAACAAGUUAAAUCCUGAUCAUAAUGUUGUGUUAUCAUUUCAUGGAUUAAGAAAAGCACGAAGGGUAUUAGAAUAUAUCAGUUGUCAAUAUAUGUAUUAUCAUAAUUUAGAACCCAAAGAUUUUAUGACCUAUAUGGACAUUUUAACAUUCGUAGAAAGUGCGAUUUAUUUAAUCGAUGAGGUUAAUGAAGAGGCUGAUGAGAACGAAAAACGAUUCAAAUUUGAUUUUUCUAAUAAAAAUAUACUAUCUGAUAAUGAAUUUUUCGAUAAUGUUAACAGAAACUAUCAGUUAUCUACCUUGUUUUAUUUUUUGAAAAAUCAUAAUUUCUAUGACAAUUAUGUACAUAGACAAUUACAUGACGCUUUAUUAUAUUAUAAGUUGGAACAAUAUUGUGUCAGUUCUUUCACAGAAUCAAAUAGUAAUAAUCCAUUAAAUGAAGAUUUAGUUCAAAAAUGUAAUUCGCUUCGUUCGUUUGACAUCAGAUUAUUAGAUUUGAUAUUGUAUAAAUUGACCAAUCAGCCCUAUGACGAUGAGCUAUUAAAGUGUUUAUAUUAUCGUGAAAUAAUGCAUGAAUCUGCUGAGGAUCUCAUGAGCUAUGAACAAGAUAUAUUAAAGAACACAUUUAAUAUCUAUCGUAUGUAUGCACAUUUAUAUCCAAAUAAUUCAGAAUUAUAUUUUAACAAAUAUAUUCGCAUACUUGCAGAUCAAUACAAAAACAUAUUUAAUUAUUUACUUUUGCAAAAUCCUCAAUUAAUGAAACAACAUCAACAACUUGAUGAAAGGAAUCCAUCAGGAUUAAUAUAUAAAGAAAUUAAACCAAACGAAUUUGAUGUAACUGAGAACUGGAUUAGACCAAAAUGUAUCUAUGAUGAAUAUACAUGGAAAAAAGAUUACUAUUGUGGUUUACAAGCAAAACACAUCUAA